AUGGAAGCUUCAGCCGGUCUGUUGCGAAAAAAAAUUGUGUACGAUGAUAUUUCUACUUUAGCUACUGAAACUAUUAUUUUAGAAACUAAAAAUAGUGAAAAGUUAGAUGACGUUGCUUACGAGUUACGAAAUUGUGUGAAGAUUCUUAAACGGAAUAAGUUACCGGACAAAUUGCGAGCGGACGAUAUUAUCAAAGGUGAAGGUGACAUUCCGAAGCAACUAUAUAAUUUCAUAAGGAAUUUGAUAGAAGGACCGGAUAUGAUCUGCAAAGACCCUGAUUGCAAAUCUGUGAAAGUUGUAUCUCUAUGCAGUGAUAUUAUUUAUGCAAUUACUAAUGGUAGGACUAAACCAUCAAAACAUUUAACUCUUGGAUUAGAAAUGAAGUUAUUAACAAAUUCUCGAAAGGUAAUAACUAUUCUGAAUAGAUACGGCUAUACAGUUGGAUAUAAUUUAGUCGAAGAACUAGAAACAGAAAUGACUUAUACUUCAUUGGAUGAUGAUAGUGUUGUACCAUCGGGAAUUAAUACAGAUUCAAAGCUGAGUACUCAUGUUGUAUUCGACAAUUUUGAUCGUUUUGUCGAUACUACUAGUGGAAAAGAUACCAUGCAUGACAGGGUAGGAAUUAUUUACCAAUUCUGUCAAUUUGAUAAUGAAGAACCCUAGCCCAUAGGAAGAAUAUCAGAGGUCAAUGAUCCUCAAAAU